AUGCCUGCGCAGUCAAAGCCUGUAAUUGGCCCUUGGGGCAAGGCUACGGCCGGUGCCACCGGUGCUGUCCUGGCCAAUGCUCUGGUGUACCCGCUGGACAUCGUCAAGACCCGGUUACAAGUGCAGGUCAAGCGGAAGGACGGCAGUGUCGCAGAUGAUGCGCACUACACCUCGACCUGGGACGCGAUUACCAAGAUUGCCGAGGCGGACGGCAUCAUCGGCCUGUACGCCGGCAUCAGCGGCUCGCUGAUCGGUGUCGCUUCGACCAACUUUGCCUACUUCUACUGGUACUCGCUCAUCCGCACCCUGUACGAGCGCUACGCCAAAUCCACGGCGCCGCCGUCGACGGUCGUCGAGCUGUCUCUCGGCGCCCUGUCCGGUGCUGUGGCCCAGCUGUUUACCAUCCCUAUCGCCGUCGUGACCACGCGCCAGCAGACGCAGUCCAAGAACGAGCGCAAGGGCAUCCUUGGCACCGCGCGCGAGGUCAUUGAGAGCGAGGACGGCGUGUCCGGCCUGUGGCGCGGCCUCAAGGCCAGCCUGGUCCUGGUCGUCAACCCGGCCAUCACCUACGGCGCCUACGAGCGCUUAAAGCAGGUCCUGUUCCCCGGCAAGACCAACCUGAGACCUUGGGAGGCGUUUGCCCUCGGCGCCAUGUCCAAGUCUCUGGCCACAAUCGCCACGCAGCCGCUGAUCGUCGCCAAGGUCGGCCUGCAGUCGAAGCCGCCAUCGGCGCGCAACGGCAAGCCCUUCAAGAGCUUCAUUGAGGUGAUGCAGUUCAUUAUUGCCCACGAGGGUCCUCUGGGUCUGUUCAAGGGCAUCGGCCCCCAGAUCCUCAAGGGUUUGCUGGUGCAGGGCAUCCUGAUGAUGGCCAAGGAGAGAGUCGAGCUGAUGUUCAUCCUCUUCGUCCGCUACCUCCAGAAGCUUCGGUCCGAGCAGUUGGCCCGUGGUGCCACCCUCAACUCACUCCGCACCGUUGCUCCCCUGUCUGUCAAAUAA